AUGAGGACCUCGACAUCAUUAGCUGUUCUGCUUCUCCUCAACCCUUUCACUGACAUUGCUUCUGCUUCAUGCGGCCACGGUACCAGCCUCCUCAAACGCACAGUCACAGUCAGCAAGCGGGCUGAGGGUGGUGAAGUUGUCAAGAAGGUGGAAGUGGGGAAAUUUGGGUAUAUCGCGACCCAGGGCCCAACAAAUUGGGCUGCACUCACUCCCGAAAAUAUACAAUGCGCUACUAGCAAGAAACAAUCUCCAAUCGAUAUUACCAAUGUCACAACUACACUCGUUCAGCCCGGUGCUUUGGCAUUGACAUUCCCUCCGAUCCAAGCUACCGAAUUCGAAAACAUUGGGACAACAAUCGAGGUAGUGAUGGAAGGAAAGGGAGCAAGCACCGUUGUAGAUGGCAAAACCUUUGACCUCAAACAGUUUCAUUUCCACUCUCCAAGCGAGCAUACAGUCGAUGGAGAAUACUUUCCCUUGGAGAUGCACUUGGUUCAUGAAGCAACAGAUGGACAAAUAGCCGUCAUCGCCGCACAAUUCCAACUGACCGAGAACGGCGAGACGACAUCCCUCCUCACCUCGGUCACUGAAAAGAUCGCCGCCAUCUCUUCCCCUGGCUCAGUAACCGAGACCGGGGCUCUCGACUUCGCACCUCUCGUGGAUGUAAUCUCUAAGCAGGCCCUUCACACCUACGAAGGCUCACUCACCACACCUCCAUGUGCUGAAGGUCUCAAGUUCUUCGUCACAUCCCAACAACUACCCCUCGAUGUCGCAACUUUCAACAAAAUCAAAGCAGUCGUCGGUUUCAACGCACGCUUUACACAAAACAACAGCUUGACGGGCAUUGAUUUAGGGGCUCUGGGUACAUUGAGACUGUAG